CAGGUGUCACUACUUUACCUGGGAUCCUGCUAAGAACUUCAGAGGUGCCAGCAGUCCAUAAGCCACACCUAAGACUAAAACUACACAAGAUCAUCUUGCUUCUUAACCAUAUUUCACUCAUCACUGAAACCGAAGACAACUUCUACAGGCAUGGACAACAGAUUGUUCCUCACCGUCCUAGUUGUGACACUGUCCUGGAUAUCUUUGGGCACCUACGCUCAAACCACUGCAGCAGUUAACGUGACAACCGCAGCAGUUAACAUGACAACAGCAGCGGACAACAACGUGACAACGGCAGCGGGUAACAACGUGACAACGGCAGCGGGUAACAACGUGACAACGGCAGCGGGUAACAACGGGACAACAGGAGCAGGUAACAACGUGACAACAGCAGCGGGUAACAACGUGACAACAGCAGCAGGUAACAACGUGACAACAGCAGCGGGUAACAACGUGACAACAGCAGCAGGUAACAACGUGACAACAGCAGCGGGUAACAACGUGACAACAGCAGCGGGUAACAAUGUGACAACAGCAGCUCCCCCACUGACGCCUAACACCACAGUGGAAAACCUUGAGACACCUCUUUCUAGGACACAAUGUGGGAAAACACAGCUCUGUGCGGCUACGCCCUCGCAGUGCGACCCCUCUACAUCCGGAUCGUGUUUCUUUCUAGCUGUCAGACAGACAAGCGGUAAUAACUUUGAGUUUGGGCUCUCAGGAGAGUCAGAUGGCUACAUCGCUGCCUCCCUUUCAUCUACCAGCACACAGGGAGGAAAUGAUAUAACCUAUGUCUGUGCAAACAACAAGGGUGUUGUGAAAUUCUUCGGCGCUCUCCUCAACAAUGGUCGGCUGACUGUGACAACGCUGAAUGUGAACUCUGUGAAGGGCAGCAUCAAUGGAACAAAAAUUCAGUGUACAUUUGCUGCCACUGUACCAACCCCAAGUACUAGAGCACCAAGUCUCGCAAUCGCGAUCUCCACUGGAUCUUUCAACAGCACUUCUGGUGAUCUGGGAGCCCCUAACACACGAUUUAGUAGCUCUCCUGUAGACCUGGCAAAUCCUAACGCCACCGUCACCAAUAACCUUUCCGUCAACACCACCUUAUCCCCCAGCACAACCAGCCACGCCAUUACACUCCAGCAAUCUGUGAUGCAAGCUAUGCUGAUCACGGUGGCUGUGCUAGGUCUGGCCAUGCUAUGAGAAACCUGAAAUCCCCAUGAGUCAAGACAAGAAAACCAUACCUUCCCUAUUCAUAUUUAUGUGCUACUAUAUAUAAAGACCUCACAGGUGGAUUACUAAAAACAGUGCAUCCCAGAAUAUUAUGAUCAUACUUUGUUUUGUAUACACUUACUGCAGCUGAAAGUAUGAGUGGUGGAGGGAAGACACUCUUCUACAGCCUCCUGAUUGCUUUUACAUCUGUGAAGGCUCUGAAACAAACAAGUUAUUCAAUUUUGAGGAGCUUUUAAUUUAAAUGUGUAAUCCAUUUUCUUUACGGUUUGUUUUUUUAAAUCAUAGGACUGCUGGAUUUCUGUCCUACAAGCUACUUAAUUACAUGCAAAUACAUUGGCCAUCUGCCUCAGGUGAAAUCCAGUCUUUGAAUGGUUGGAAUGGGAUACAAAUGAGAAGCACUGUUAAUUGACAAUUAAAACAGUAAGCAAACAUCAAAUCAUAAUCAAAUAAACCACUACCUGGCUUUCACCAGUAGAGGUCAUGCUGUAUACAAAUGUGGGGUUUGGGGUCUGUUUACCUUUUAAGCCCACAUUACUACUGUCACGCAAAAACCUCAUGACUUAGCAACACCACAGUAACCACUGGAACCAUCAUUAUUU